AUAAUGUCUAAUCUGUGAUCUGCAUCACUGCAAUACAACACGAGAGAAGUUCUUGUUAUUGAUUUUUGCAAAUCUAUUUACAAAAUACAUUAAUGAAUUAAAAUGGCAAAAAAACAGGAAAAGGUGUAUUUAGGAUAUGAAGAAGAGAUCAUAAAUGAUAAAAAUCGAACGCUUCUUAGUUUCACAGUUAAUAAAAUUGGAGGUUUACCCGACUGGCCCUUACCAGAGAAAUUUAACAUUCCUUCAAAAUGUCCGAUAUGCAGUUUGCAUAGGCUUUUAGUUGUCCAAUGUUAUGCUCCACUUGAGAACUCUGAAUAUCAUCGAACCCUCUAUGUGUUCGCGUGUAUUAAUUCCAAUUGCUGGAACCAAUCAGAAAGCUGGAGUUGUAUCCGCAGUCAAAUUAAAGAUGACUCAAGUAAAACAAGUGCUGUUGUUGCUAUACCUAGUGUAGACACUAAUUUAAGCUGGUGUAAAGGCUCUGAUGAUUGGGAUGAAAAUGACAAUGGAGAUUCAGCUAAUGGAAACAUAAUGAAUGUAGAUAAUAUUUCAAGCCCAAACAUGCACAGAAAUUCAGAUGAUGAUGAUGAAAGUAAUUCUUAUGACUUAGAAGCCGUUGAACAAGCAUUGGGAAAUAUACACAUGUGUGAUGCUCAUAAUGCAAAUCUCUCUCCAUUGCAAGGAGCAGUUGGUGCUAUAGGUGUUCCUAUGCCAGCAGCAGAAUUGGAAGGUGGAGAUGAACCUGGCCUGGUCACAGUAGAAACCCCUACAGCGCCCACUAGCAAUAUUGAAAUGUUGUUACAUCAGACAGCUGAAUUACCUGCUGACUUGCGAAGUCGACUCAUGUAUGGCCCUUUACAAUUUCUCCCAAAAUAUAUCUAUGUGGAAGAAGAAUGGAAGAAGUCUUCGUAUAAUGAUGAGAAAAUCACUGAAUUGCUCAACAAAUACACAAAAGAAUCAGAUUUGGAACCAAAUGUGAAUGUUGAAAGAGGAAGCUUGGGAGGAGAAGAAGAAGUGUAUGAAGAAGCCACACCGCUUCACGGAGAUAGACUCUUCCACUCCUUCUUAUCACGAUUGCAAGACAACCCAGGACAGAUACUCAGGUACAGUCGCGGAGAACCACCACUACUUGGAGCACCUAUAACAUUAGACAGCCCAUCUUCUCCUUUAACUUGUACCCGAUGUGGUGCCAAUCUAAUCUGUGAACUUCAACUAAUGCCGGGCUUUGCAGAAACGCUUCAAGUGAUUCCCGGAAAUAUAUGUCUGUCCCAUUUGCAUUUCUUAUCUGUGCUCAUUUUCACUUGCGCUCAAAGUUGCUGGCAAGCCAGUGACAUAUAUGUUCCGGAAACUGUUAUAUUUCAACCGGAAGUUAUCUAAUUCUCUUAAAAUUUGCAUUGACUUUAACGUCAUGAGAUGGAAACUGUUUGUCAAAGGUUCGGUAAUAAUUCAUAUUAACUUGUGGUCUGUAAAAUUGACAACAUAUGAAAGUAAUAUAAAUUGUAUUUCACAGAAAGUUUUAAAAUUUCAUCAGCUCUUACAUUAAUGGUUGCAAUCAUUAAUUUUUAUUUUGGGCAUUACAAGGUUUUAGAAUGUAGUUUUAAAUCCCAGUUCGUUAUGGUAAUAUUUAUUAUAGUAUAAUGGAAACCUUGUAAUUACAUCCCUUUUCAAUGUCAAUCAGAUAUUUUUGAAAUCCUUUUUUUAAAUAACGCACAUACUUGUUACUUUUUUUUUUUAAAUCAAUCUACAUACAGUUUUAAAUUUAGUAUUGUUUUGUCUCUUUCUAUGACGAAAAGAGACUUUUGUAACUGUUAGAAUUCUAAUUUAGUUUUUAUAACUUUGUUUUCGUUUAUGUUUGUUUAAUUAUAUGACUAAUAUUUAUAUUGUUUUAAGAUUUCAUAUAAUAUAUAUGUUACCGGUUUAGAUCAUAAGAGACAUUUCUUCCUUUUAGAGCUUACCAAUUUAUUAAAUAACUAGUAAUAAAUCACAUUUUAAUCUUACAACUUACUUCUUAAAAUUCGUCUGUAUCUGUGAUUAUUAACUUUAGAAUAUAGGAUUUCUCUAGUGUGGCUGUAUGCCAUUGGGUACCGACGACAAACAAAUAAAAAAAUAAUUUACAUAUUACAUAAUCAGAUGGCUCCAAUUUCUUUAAAUGUAUACUUAUAAAAGCUUAUUAUGUUAAUUGACCGCUGAAACUGCUAUCAGUGUACCAAUGUCAAUCCAUUUAAAUAAUAUUUAACAAUUUAUUGAGAAAUCGUGCCAAGGCUUAGUUUGUCGUCUGCACUAUGUAUUGCAUUUAUUAAAAUUGUCCAUUCGAUACCUGCCAAAAGUAGAAACUACGUUCUAACUUAAUCUUCAGCUAUGUAGUGAAACAUGGAAAUAAUAUGUUUUAUCUGUGUUUUGAGGGUAGUUUUAAAAUUCAUUGAUAUUAAU